CACGACGACCACGAGUUGUUGUAAUCGCAAAGCAGGACCAUUUUCGCCUGGCCAAGCGAACAGAAGGUUCUGACAGUCGGUUCCGGACAGUGUACCAGCAGUGCACACAGUACGCGACUCAGAGACAGAGAGUGCGGGUGGCUUCAGGUCCCGACAGGUUCCCCACGUUUCCUUUCCCUUGUGCUCCCUUUUUUGAGUGUGUGUGUGUUGGUUUUCCGAUUUGUCUGCCCACUCGUCCCUGUGCAGUGAUGCAACCACGAAACGCUGGCCUAGCUUGUGCUGGAUGUUGAGAGUGGGCGCCCAUACCAAUCCGAAAGACCUCUGCUCCGUGUGUCCUGGUGUUCCGUGUUUCCACAGUGCUGGUUUGGGCGUUUGUUGUGGUCAAUAGCCCUCUUCCACCGUGGCCGUGAGCGAUGGAGACGACGGCACGCGUUCACCAGCCGAAGGCUGGCAGCUCGAGCUCGAGGCAUCGGAGUUCCCGUGCAAGGCGCAGUGCGACUCCCCAACGGUUGGAGCAGUUGGAGCAGUCGGAGGCGCGCGGAAUAGACGAUGUGUCCUCCCAGCAGUCGCCCGACCAGGAGAUGGCGAUGGCUGACGGAACAUCUAAAAAUAGAACCACCGCUCCAUCUCGCACCGUACGUCGACCGGACACACCGGAGCACAGUGGAGCGAGCAGCACUACAACGAAUGCGAGCGGCAGCGUCACGGGAAUGACCGUGCCCGAUAGUGGUGCACUGUCGCGGGUGUCCCAAACGCCACGCAGCAACUCACCCGCCAUCGUAACGACCGAGCUAGUGGCGGAACAAGCGCCGCCAGUCGCUAGUGAGGAGCCGGCAGCGGGCCCGCCGGCCGACAAGCUGCAGAAGGGCAUCCUCGGCUACAUGGACCGCCAGCUGAAGGUGCAGUCGCUGUCCGAUUCGCAGAAGAGCCCGGCCCAGCGCAGCACCCGCAGCAGCACCCGGAGCAGCAACCUGGACAAGAGCCCGCGGCGAAAGCGCAGCAAGUCGGAGUCGCGUCGGCGCCGGGAGCGCAAGAUACUGGCCGCGGGCGAGAUGGAGGUCCGGCAGGCGAACGAAACGCUGAUGCGCUACCUGAAGCAGUGCUCGGACUUUAACGAUGCGUCCCUGUCGGGCGAUCUGGAGAUACCGGAACCGCUCGAGGAUCGGCGCGUCCACCGGAAAACGAAGUCGCAGCGGGAGCGAAAGCAGCACCAGCCGCAGCAGCCGGACCACCGGUCAGGUGGCAGGACCCACGCGGACGAUCUGAUGAGCUACCAUGGCGAGAUCUACAAUCCCUUCACACCGGUCGUCUCACCGACGACCGAGGCGGCGGCCACGCGUAUCGAUAAGAUGUACAUACAGACUGCUAGCGGUUAUCGACCAGUUGACAAUACCUACUCCUACCACAAGUCUAGGGCACUAAUCGGAGGAGACCCGGAAAGCAAUAGCCAUACGAUAAGCACAUCGGUACAUCUGUCCUGUGCGGUGCAGCGCGUCUGGCAUCUUCUCUCGACCGUCUGUCACGGUUUGCUCGGAGGCUUGGCCUUUGCCCAUCUGCUGCUGAUCUGCACGACCAAGCCGUACGAUUGGGUCGAUGCCUCGAUACACCACUACUCGGCCUUUGCCGAGGUGUACGCCAACACGUUCUACUGUUUGGCCAUCGUUUGUAUGGUUUCGAUAUUCGAUCGAAUGGACAUUGCGUACGGGGGCGAUACGAACAUCUCGUUCCGUUCGAUCUUCAUCAUCAUGAUCUACGUGAUGACGAUCAUACUGAGUCUGUCGGCUGGCACGAUGGACGAACGGUUGUAUGUUACCGCGUCGCUAAAUGUCACCGUAUGGGAAGAGGAAUUGGAAACGAACAAGGUACUAAGUGUGUGGAAUGCACUGUCGAUCGCCCGAAGUGUCGGUGCCAUCUUCGGCUGGCUGAUCGUGGGCUUUCUACCGAACCAGGACAAUCUGUACGACCAGCUGCUCGAGAUGGAAAAGUAUCAACUGCAGUAGGAAAUGGCAAACGUAUCAUACACUCCAGCGUGCUGUACAUACUACCUGGGCUGGAGGGGACACACAAAGUACUAACCAAGAGUUACUGAACAAUAAUCACGCUUAUGUCACUGUGGUGUGCAGCGAGUCACACAGCCCGUUCGCGUGCGCUCGGGGAGUCGUGAGCUUGCGGGCAAAUUUAAUGUAGUACAUACAUACCGUAGUAAGAAGUUGAGGUGCGUAUCAUUUAAAAGUAUUACCGUUCAGGAAGCUAGCAGGAAGCGGUUGUGGUAGCAUUUACGUGCAAAACCAAAUCAGGAUGUACUGUGGGGUAGAAUGUGGCAUAUUAGCGAGGGAUAGUGCAAACUGGGAACGACUGAUAAUCAUUGUUGUGGUGUAAUCAAAAUGAUAGCAAUCGUGAUGCGGGUGGGGUGGGUGGUGAAAGUGGUUAUUUCCACUGGUUCCGCGGUGGAGGCGUUGCAAGUUAGCCGAAAGGAUAUUAGGAUAUUGAGACAAUUAAUUAAUCUGUAAGCUGUACUGUUAUCAUACAACCAUGUAUCACGCUAAGGCGAAUGUUCUGAUUUCUCGUACACCAUAAACGAAAGGGGACAUUAAUA